AUUUCAACUCAUUAACACAAUUCUGUUCAUAUUCUUAAGAAAAUUUGAAACAUUUAAAAAUACUGAAAUAACGCAUUUCAGAUUUCAAGAUGCAGAAAAGCCAACGUAUCACCCAUUCCUUUCUAUUAUCACGCUUACGGUCUUAAACAUCAUUGUUGGAUUAUUUGCAAUCUGAUCUCACGGGAUGAGACAACCGCAGGAAGAAGCCAGAGGGGUGAGAGAGAGAGAGAAAGAAUAGGAGGGCUUGUUGUGGACAAUGAACAAUCAACCAGGACAUUUGAGACCAGAAGGUUGAGAGCUGAGACGAGGGAGGUUGAAAUAAACACGGAGGCAUGGCAUUGGAGGAGAAGCCUGGAGUGAAGAGCAGCAGCUCCAUUGUCCCCUGUUUCCUGUUUGUUGAGCUGGUCAUCAUGGCUGGGACAGUUCUCCUGGCUUACUACUUUGAGUUCACUGACACCUUCCCCGUGCACAUCCAAGGGUUCUUCUGCUAUGACAAAACCUUCUCCAAGCCUUACCCUGGACCAGAUACUACCAGCAAGAUUCCCCCCGUCCUCAUCUACUCCCUUGUCACUGUCAUCCCCACCUUCACGAUUGUCGUUGGAGAACUGUGUGCUUUCUUCACCAAGGCAGAGGGAAGCAAGGAGAAGACCAUUGUCACGGCAGAUUGCUGCUACUUCAACCCCCUGCUGAGACGUAUCAUUCGCUUCUUAGGUGUCUAUGCCUUUGGUCUAUUUACCACAAGCAUCUUCGCCAAUGCCGGUCAGUUGGUGACAGGAAACCAAACUCCUCACUUCCUCUCCGCAUGCCGACCAAACUACACAAUCCUGGGUUGCCAGUCCAACACGCAAUACAUCACAGAACGCCGAGCCUGCACCGGCAACCCUCUCGUUGUUAUAUCUGCACGUAAAUCUUUCCCAUCCAAGGACGCGGCGCUCGGCGUCUACUCUGCGGUGUACACAGUGAUGUAUGUGACGCUGGUGUUCAAGACCAAAGGUACGCGUCUGACAAAGCCCACCGUCAGCUUCACCUUGCUGUGUCUGGCCAUGAUCGUCGGCGUGGUCAGGGUGGCUGAAUACCGCAACCACUGGGCCGACGUCCUGGCGGGAUUCUUCACCGGAGGAGCUAUCGCUGUCUUUCUGGUGACUUGUGUGAUUAACAACUUCCAGCAAAUGCAGCCUAGGCUUUCUUUGCAAGUAGCCCAGCGCCCUGAGUCAACGUUGGGGAUGCCCAUGGUGACGCUGCCAUGUGUGGAAAGUCCACUCGAAAAGUUAAGUGGCCCUCAGCAUCCGGCACUUUGCUCUUCCCCUCCACUCUACAACACUUACGUUCCACCAUUCUAACCAAGUCUUUUCAGCUCGCUAUCCCUUUCCUUUAUUUGCAUAUUUCUAUUUUGUAGCUACACACAAAGACAUCCUCUCUCCCCCCUGUGCAUCUCUCUUGAUGUUCCUCCUUUUGGCUUUCCUCUCUCCUCUUCCGCCCUCUCCUCUUUCUCACUCCUCUCUUUCCCCUGCAGACUCCUGGGGGAUCUCCGUUCACUGAGAUCACAUGACCAUCAGCCCUAUCGGUUCCCCGCCAAACCCGAUGUCCUCAUACUGUCUCGCUCCAUUUCCAGCGAAGUCUAGACCAGCCGGAACAGCACUCUCCUCGCUGUGCCGCACAUUCAGCCGGGCGCUACGCGACGCUGCACCGCUCCUAUUCCACGCAGGUCUAGACUGCUGAUACACAAUCCUAAACAUCUGGACCCCCCCCCCCCAACCAAACUCCCAGGGAACCGAUAGGCUGGACUUUUUUUCAAAAACUUUCUCUUGACUGGAAUCCCAGUGAAGGACCAGAACAUUCACUUUUCUUUUUCCGACAAUCUUUUUUGCCGUCUUUCUACUUUUUUAUAUAAAAUCAUGAAGCUCACCUUUUUCAACUGAUGUGCUUUGUUUGGAAAGACCACAAAGAAUGUCCAUCCUAUCACUCCAUGAAAAUGUGUAUAUUACAGUGAACCCUCGUUUAUCACUGGAGAUACGUUCAGACCAACCUACAAAGUAUUUCCCCAUUCCGCAUUCUUUUAACACAUGUACAUUCAUUAAAAUAUGCUUAAACGUACAAAAAAAACGUAAGUAGUACUUAUUUUUAACCUUUGCUACAUGCUGUUUGUCCAGUUAAAGUUUACUGUAAAAAAAUACACGUAAAACUAAAAUAUAUCGUAAAAACCCACAAAACGAUAAACCGCAAUACAACGGGGUUCACUGUAAAUAACAAAGUUGAAUUGAUUUGCUUUACUAGCUUAAAGUUGGGACCAAAGAAACGUGUGCUGCUAGUUUAGCCGUACAAAAAAAAAAAAGAAAAAACCUGAUAUGAUUUUUGCUUCUCCGCACUCCAUCGCUUUAUCUUUCGAUCUCAUUACUUUCAUGCAUGCAGCGCCUCAAAGCCACGUGUAACACGCUCACGCACAAAAUGGUUGGAGUCGCUAUACCGUAGCCAGCGCCGCUUGAGCUUUACUCGGAUCAAAGGAUCCAUUUGCGGCCAACGCACAAAAACAAUGGCAAACAGGAUUAAAGUGGAAACGUCGUCACGUGGGAAUCAUGUUUUGUUUCUCAGAUGGACGUAGCUUGCUCACUGCAAACAAAUGCAAACAGAAAAAGGCCAUAGUCGCCACCAUCUAGGCACAGAUAAAUACUAUCACAAUCGGGAGCAAACAAAUCUCAUUAAGGUGAUUUCAUCUCUGCAAUAUGUUUGCAAUCUUGUAAACUGUGAAAUCUGCAUGGGGAUCGCAAAGGAUAAAUAAUAUUGACUCAAAUCCUGGACCAUACUUCCUAAGAACCACCCAUAUCAUUAUUGGUGUGUGUAUGUAAGUCAUCUCCAGUACAUCACACACCAUUCGAUCAGUAAAAUGUCAAAAGUUGGACCGCAAGCACAAUUUUUAAUCAAACUUCAUCAAAAGUGUCAUUUCUUGGCGUUCCUUCCUUUUGUCAGAGUACAAAAUGUUCAAUAAUGUUAUGUGCCUUGUGAACUCACUGUCACAAUUCUCAUUCAAACUAAAUAGCUGAGGUCGAAUAACAAAUUGAAAAUUAAUUGUCAUCUCUUGUUUACCUUUUACCUUGAUGAGAUCUUACGCAAGAGUUGAAAUUACAAAUAAUCUUCAUGAACUGAACACAUCAAGUUUUGACUGAAGUUUUCUAACAUUCAGAAAUGAUUGAUAUUACAAGAAUUAUUAUUUUCUAGUUAAACAAACACCAAUGAGGAAAUUGGAAAAAUGAUUGGCUCUAGUCAGAGAUUAUCCUUCUGUAAUUUUAUGUUUAUUUAAUUUUUCAUACAUCUGCUCACUGCCAUAACUAUCAAUGAUUAAUCCAUUUAUUUAUAAUCGAAUUAUUCAUGGACAUGUAUUUGAAAUACGGUGGGGUUGUUUUCGGCACGGUGUGCAUGGCGACAGUUUUGCUGACUCUGAUUUGCACACUUCCUCCAUUCCAAGGCACCACUGCUAUAUUAUUCUUAAUUAUCAUUUACUUGUCUAAUGUUUCCCUCUGCUGGAGAAUACACACUUGAGUGCACACUUAAAUUUGUACGUCAUUUCUCAUGUAGUAAUUUAUAUAUGUUCACCAGUUUAAUCCAGUUUUUACCCUGGAAACUGUAUAAUAUUGUACAUAGUUUAUUUAUUUCAUUUUUGUAUUGAGAGUCAUAUGAGGAAAAAAUCACUGAUUUAAAAUCUUCCAAUUAUUGAGUUAAUAAUUAGAUCUCAAAUGAACUUCUUAUUGGCCAAAAACAAGACAAGGAUUGAAAAAAAAAAAAUCCAUCAUACCCCAAAAAGUAAUCAUUAUCACUGGUAGAAAUUUUGAAAUGAGCCACAUGGCAGAAAACUAACCAAAUUAAUUGUAGCUAAAUUACUGUGCUGUAUUUUGGUCAAAAAUAUUUUUACCUACAUAUCAACAGCAAUUGAAAUUUUCUUCUUUUUUUAUUCUGAGAUGGCGUCACAACUGCCAUUGUGGAGGUUCAGAAAUGCUGUGUACACAUUUUAUUCACGUGUACAAACUUUUUUUUGUCAGAUUCAUGACAUUUGCAGCGCGACAUCCCAACAUCCUGAUUUUUCAUCAGCAGAAAUGCCUUACUGACUAACUUUAUGGUCAACAACAGCACAUAUGGCAAAUAAUUCAUCUGAGUGUGAUGUGUGUUUUAUAUUUUCAGUGCAUUGUGUGUCAACGUUCCAUUUUAAAUGUGUCAACACAGAAAGAAAGAAAGAAAUCAAAGAACCAAUCUGUAUAUGUUUUGCUCGGGUUCAAUCAUCAGCAUGGCAUUUUACUUGGUGAAGGAAAAAAAAAAGAGCAUCAGUGUCCCUAAGAUUUGCAACACUUUGGCUUUCUUCAAAUCUAGUUGCAGCAAACUGUUUUGUAAGAAUUGUGUGAUGAGAACAAUAAAUGGAUAUUGCAAUAAGA